AUUGAAAUUACAUUUUGAAGCCCAAUUGGAGAUGAAAACCGCUGUAGAAUCUUCUCAAUAAUCGGUUACCAAUAAAUCAGGCCACAUGAUCUGCCAUGAGUCAUGAAAUCUGAAAAAUAGCAAUGAAUCGGCAACUACCUACAUACAUAUAUGCAUUCUACCUCGCAAAUCAGUUUUCAUCAUCACAUGUCUUUCUACUUUUCAAAACUGACCCCUGCGAAGAGAAGUAUGGAAUAACUGAAUUAGAGCAGAGCAAGCGUGAAGGCGCUAUGACAGAAAUUGAGACGGAAGAGAUGGAGGGUAACGGCGAUUUAGAACCGCGACAUCGAUGUGGUGGCGCGACCGAACAGCGAGGCAGUGACAGCAGCGGCACGAGAAAGACAUUGACGGAGACUCACCGUGAUUCAGAUCUGGCCGGCGACAACUCCUACACCGAUCAGCAGCCUCGCAAUCAACGGACAGCAGCAGCAGCAGCGACUCUGGAGCAGCGGCGGCUGGACUUCGGCAGCGACGGCGUGGAUGCGACAGCAGCAGCCCCUCCCGGCGGAUCGGCGGCAGGAUUUCCUCCACUCCGACUGCAGCGGUGGCUUCGCGCGACGGAGAUGAGGAAGCCUGACCAUGCGACUGCGCCGACAGCACCGUGGCGGCAACACUCCGUCUUCCCGGCGAGCAGCGGCCGGCGUCGUGGGAUGAAUUGGAGAAGCCGACGGAAAUUUGGAGGAAUUGGCGUCGAUUUGAUCAGAGAGAGAGACGUUGGGAGAUGGGUGGAAGUUUUGGGCCUCAAUUUGGAGACAAGAGUUAGAAAGGAAACAUCGCAAGUGAAUCGUGAUCGCAAGGGAAAGAAAGUGUUUUCGGGUUAA